AUGGAAAAGAAUAAUACACAACGAACACCAAUCGAUACAAGCUCAGCCCCCACCAAGAAUCCAGAUCACGGCCAAGAUCCGCCGCCUCCAGCCGCCGCAUACGUCGAAGGAGAGGAAGAAGAAAACCCAGAAACAAAUCGAGAGCCAAAGAGAAGAAAAACCCUUCCAAUUGCUCUGGACAAGCAGAAAACUUCUUUGAAUUCGAGUUUUUCAUUCUUCUGUGGGGGUGGUGCUUCUACUCCGGAAACAACGCCUAAAUUCGGAUCAUUCAAUUUGGUGGUGGAAAGUGCGAAAAUUAGAAGACUUGAAAAGGCUGAAGAUGGUGAAGAAGUUGAAUCCACUGCUGUGGAAAAAGUUGUGGGUUUAUCUGAAUUGGAUUCAACAGAUGGUAUUGAAACUGUAAUUUGA